GGCAGCCCCAGCAGGGGGUCCUCUUCCCUGCACAGGCAGUGAGGCGGGCAGCCCUAUCCCGGGGGUCCUCUUUCCCUGUCACCGCUGAUGACGACAUCAGCGUGCGCGGAGCCGGUGUGUGUGUGAGAGAGCUGCAGACAUGUCCUACUGCAGGCAGGAGGGAAAGGACAAAAUUAUUUUUGUAACCAAAGAAGAUCAUGACACCCCAAGCAGCGCAGAGCUGAUAGCAGAUGACCCCAACGAUCCCUAUGAAGAUCAUGGUUUGAUUUUGCCUAAUGGAGACAUCAAUUGGGGCUGCCCUUGCCUGGGAGGGAUGGCCAGCGGGCCGUGCGGGGAACAGUUCAAAUCGGCCUUCUCCUGCUUCCACUACAGCCAGGAGGAGGUGAAGGGCUCAGAUUGCCUAGACCAGUUCCGGGCCAUGCAGGAGUGCAUGCAGAAAUUCCCCGACCUCUACCCGCAGGAGGACGACGAGGAGGAGGAGCGCAGCAAAGACAAGCAGGGCGAAGAGCAGGAGAGCAGCAAAGACCAGCAGGGGGGCGAGGAGGAGAAGAGCAGCAAAGACCAGCAGGGGGGCGAGGAGGAGGAGGAGAACAGCAAAGACAAGCAGGCAACAGAGCCGGAGGCAGCAACAGCGGAGGCUGCGGAAGGCAAAGCGUCCAGCUAAUGGCGGAGAGGAGGCGGAGUCCUCCCGUUUCCGAUCCUUUUGCCUCCCACUGUUCUGCGGACCACAAAACGGGAAGGGAAGCUGUGCUACCGCUCUACUACUACCUUAUCUACGGGUCACUAUGAUUUCCUAUCGGAACUCUGCGAUCUCCGAAAUCGCACCUCCAGACAAAUGUACACAAUGUUGUUUCCUUUCGUUUCUGAUUCACCUAAAGGCUGGAAGUACGUUUGACGUAAAAUGUUGUGAAACACGAGUUAAACGUU